CACAGACAUGCCAAACCCACUCGACAUAAUCACUGCUCUCUUUCUGUGUUCUGAUGGUUUUGUACAGCAGGAAAUGGCACUAAAAAUGUCCAUGUGUCAGUUCUCUGUUCCUCUGCUGCUUCCCAAUUGUGACACCAAUCAGUGCACACUCAUGCUGUGGGCCAUGAGAGACAUUGUUAAAAAGUACAGAGCUCAGUCUCUGUCAGAGUCUAAGGGCUUCAUUGAAGACAGAAUCGUUCUCUCUGAACUACCAAUGAUCUCUUUUGUCAGACUGGGUGAGUGCUCCUCGUCCAAGUCAGAGAUUCUCAAUAAACUUCUGAGCAAUUCUCAGCAGUACCAUGACACCUUUGUUCACCGCAACAUGGAGUGUGGUGACAGUCCACGAGCAAUAUCCAACGGACUGACUGAAAUUACUUGGUAUCUUCCUGGUGGAAACACAAACAUUGAUAUUUUCAGUCAGCCAGUGGCUGUAGCUAACCUUCGUGGGGACAUUGCAUCUUUUGAAACACAAUACUCCUUUCUGUGCCAGACAUCUGUAGCAGUUUUUGUGUUCUUCGGCGAUUUGGAUGAGUCUGAGAGCAGUCUACUCACUAACAUAAACCAAAAGACACAGAUCUUCUUGGUUGGCAAUGGUGAAAGUAAUAACGAGGUUUUAAGAACAGUAGCAAACAAAUUGGGCUUGAGUAACAACAACAUCAUAACUAAGAAGAAACAGAAAAAUGAUGCAGAUUUUGUACAAACUUUGAGAAAAAAAGUCAGAGAUGUGGUGAAGAACUCACAGAUUAAGAUGACAAUAGAGCAGAUGGCAGACAUUGCCUAUAAACUGGGAAUCCUGGUUGAUGAAGACUCUCCAGAGUGUCAGACUGCAAAGACAAAUGCAGAAGCCAUCACUGCUGAAAUUCAAGAUAUCCAUAUAUUCAAAGAAGAUCAGCUUCCACGGCAAGAUUACAUAAUGGCUGCACAAAAACUGGCUGACAGCAUCAUAGAUGUUUGCACUCAGUUUGUGAGAGAAAAAGUGAGAAGGAAAAAAAUGUACUGUGACACAUACAUCAAGGAGAUCCUACACAUCACUGAUGAGAACCUUGAGAAAAACCAAGAGGUCAAGGGAGACAUUAUGUUUGAAGUUUUUCUAAAACAGCACGUCUGUGGAAUUGCAGCCAUAGAGUUUAAGAAAGUGUAUGAAGAAAAUGAUCCCUACAGAUGUUUGAUUAAGAACAAGGACAGGUUUUGUGAUGAUUUCAAACAUGUGGUUAAUAAAGAAGACCAAUGUCAGAAGAAAGCAGAAGAAUUCACCAACCAGUGCUUGAAGCCUGCUGUUGAAGACUUUAUCAAUCAGUCCCUGGGUCCUAAAAUCAUUGAUGAAAUGCUGACACGUGAGCAGUUCAGCACACGAAUGUCCUUCCAGUGUUCAAUUUUACUGGAUCUGCUUUCGAAGGAGGAUUUUAAAAACUACCAGAGAUAUAUUUUCUCAUAUCAGGAUUAUGUUAAGACAUGGCUACUCAACCAAAUACUGGAGCACUUCUCAACUGUGUCAACAAUAUCUGCGUUUGAGGACCAACAACUCCAGUCAUGUAUCAAAAGCAUAAAAGAUGCCAUCAACAAGACAAACACAGGAAAGAGUGAUAAUGUGAAGAUAUUUGUUGAAGAUAUUUGUAAAGAACUUGGUGAUAAACUGGUAAUUUCCAAAGAUGCUCUUGGUGCUUUCAUGUUUUUGAACAAUGCUGACAAGAAACAGUUUGCUGACUGGCUCACAGUGUCUGUGAAUGAGAUGGAACAAGUUCUGAGAAAAGAGUUUCAGACACUGAACGUUGAAGUGAAACUACAGCAGCUCCAUGUGCAGCCUGAGAAUGAGCUUUUCAACAAACUGUCCAACAUCCCUCUCAGAUGGGUGAGUGAUGUUCUCUCUCAGCUCAGUGACUUGGUGUCUCCAAACAGAAAGAUCCUGGUAGUCACAGUUCUUGGAGUUCAGAGCACAGGAAAGUCCACUCUCCUUAACACCAUGUUUGGAGUGCAGUUUGCAGUCAGCAGUGGUCGAUGUACUCGCGGUGCCUUUAUGUUGCUCAUCAAAAUCAAUGAAGACAUGAAAAAAGUCCUAAACUGUAACUUCAUGCUGAUCAUUGACACUGAGGGCUUAAAGUCACCAGAACUUGCACAACUAGACAACAGCUUUGAGCACGACAAUGAGCUUGCUACACUUGUUGUGGGACUGAGUGAUGUCACCAUUGUUAAUAUUGCAAUGGAGAAUUCAACUGAAAUGAAGGACAUCUUACAAAUAGUUGUGCAUGCUUUUUUCAGGAGGAAGGAGGUGGGCAAAAAGCCUAAAUGUGUGUUUGUUCACCAGAAUGUGUCCGAUGUUUCAGCCCGUGAGAAGAACUUACGAGACAGGAAACUGCUCCUGGAACAGUUAAAUGAGAUGACCCAGGCAGCAGCCAAAAUGGAAAAGAUUUUCAACAUUCAAGAUUACAAAAUGGCUGCACAACAACUGGCUGACAGCAUCAUUGAUGCUUUCAAUCAAUUUGUGAGAGAAAAAGUGAGAAGGAAAAAAAUGUACAGUGACACGUAG